CAAUAGCCGAAGGACAAUCCAAUAGGAUCACGCGAGUCUGACUCUGGUUUUUAUCUCUUUCACACACGCACAUCAGAAGAUGCCCACCAUCGCGGAAACCAUCUGAACUGUCGACACGCAUUGACUGUACUCUACCCUACCCGGUGAUCCACAUUGUUGUCUUCCCUUGGCCCUAUCGCACACGCUCAACACUCAAACUGAAACGUUCGUUGUGGUAGUGUGUGGGCAUGUCGUAUUCGCAUGGUCGUUGUCGUCGUCGUCGUUGUGUUGUCAUUGUCGUCGUUGUUGUUGUCAUUGUCGUCGUCGUCGUUGUGUUGUCAUUGUCGUCGUUGUUGUUGUCAUUGUCGUCGUCGUUGUUGUUGUUGUCAUUGUUGUCAUCGUUGUCGUCGUUGUCAUCGUUGUCAUCGUUGUCAUCGCCGAGUUUUCCCCAUCGACGUACGUCAGUCACAUCGUCAACCAAACCUCCUCAUACCAGGCAUAACUUGCUAGCUAAACACACACACACGCCCCAGGUUCAUCGCUAUGUGAUGCGAUGCGAUGUGAUUGUGAUUGUGAUGUGAUAUGAUGUGCAUAAGGCAGCCGCCUGCCUCCAUGGUUCGAUAUGUCGGUCCGUCCAGGCUGGGCAUCGUCUAAUUGAUUAGUCCUGACG